AGAGGUGCAAGAGGCAGCGCCUGCAGUAGAAGCGUCAGCAGGAGCAGCCGCAGCAAAAACUCCUCAUCAAAUCCUCACCUAGGCUCUCAGCGUGUCCAGAUCCACAUCUUCACUCAAGCCGGGAGAGGGAAAGAGGAAAGGGGGGGAGGAAAAAAAAGCCAACAACUUAGCGGAAACUUCUCAGAGAAUGCUCCAAAACUCAAUAGUGCUUCUGGUGCUGGCGAUCAGUGCUUCUGCAACCCACGAGGCGGAGCAGAAUGAUUCUGUGAGCCCCAGGAAAUCCCGGGUGGCAGCUCAGAACUCAGCUGAAGUGGUUCGCUGCCUCAACAGUGCUCUGCAGGUUGGCUGUGGGGCUUUCGCGUGCCUGGAAAACUCCACCUGUGACACAGAUGGGAUGUAUGACAUCUGUAAAUCCUUCUUGUACAGCGCUGCUAAAUUUGACACUCAGGGAAAAGCAUUUGUCAAAGAGAGCUUGAAGUGCAUCGCCAACGGGGUCACCUCCAAGGUCUUCCUCGCCAUUCGGAGGUGCUCCACUUUCCAGAGGAUGAUCGCCGAGGUACAAGAGGAAUGCUACAGCAAGCUGAACGUAUGCAGCGUCGCCAAGCGGAACCCUGAAGCCAUCACUGAGGUCGUCCAGCUCCCUAAUCACUUCUCCAACAGAUAUUAUAACAGACUUGUCCGAAGCCUGCUGGAAUGUGACGAAGACACGGUCAGCACAAUCAGAGACAGCCUGAUGGAGAAGAUUGGACCCAACAUGGCCAGCCUCUUUCACAUCCUGCAGACGGAUCACUGUGCCCACACACACCCACGAGCUGACUUCAACAGGAGGCGCACCAACGAGCCACAGAAGCUGAAAGUCCUCCUCAGGAACCUCCGAGGUGAGGUGGCCUCUCCCUCCCACAUCAAACGCACCUCACACGAGAGUGCAUAGCCAGGGAGAGGUACUCCCAACCUCACCAAACUAGUGUCAUUUAAAGGUGUUCACACACCAACUUUGAGUGUACUGUGCCUGGUCUGAUUUUUUUAAGUAGUUCCUAUUUUCUAUCCCCCUUAAAGAAAAUUGCAUGAAACUAGGCUUCUAUAAUCAAUAUCCCAACAUUCUGCAAUGGCAGCAUUCCCACAAACAUAACACAUGUGAUCCUUCUGCCCCUCCUCAGGAGAAAUCCCCUCUCAUCACUCCCCUGCCAUGUCUUUUCCCAGCUCCCUUCAAACCCUCUCAAACACAAAGCAUUCAUGUAAUUCCCCAGUCAUUGUAAUUCAAAGACGUGGAGCCCUUUAGAAUGGUUGCCCCAGUAGAGUUAGCUGAUAAGAAACAACCUAAUUUAAAUGCAUGUUUUAAAUGCUCAUAAAGAUGUUAAAUGGAGUUCGUGUUAUGAAUCUGUGCUGGCCAUGGACGAAUAUGAAUGUCAUGUUUGAAUUCUUGAUCCCUCAUGAGCUAGUGUCUUACGGUCUUGAUCCUCCAAUGUCUAAUUUCCUUUCCAACACAUUUACCAAAUUGCUCAAGCCUGGCUCUCCAACCAGCCUUUGAGCCUGCAUCUUCUUGCAUCUAAUGAAAAACAAAAGGCUAACAUCUUUAUGUACUGUAACUGCUCAGAGCUUUAAAAGUAUCUUUAACAAUUGUCUUAAAACCAGAGAAUCUUAAGGUCUAACUGUGGAAUAUAAAUAGCUGAAAACUAAUGUACUGUACAUAAAUUCCAGAGGACUCUGCUUAACCAAGCAGUAUAUAAUAACUUUAUUGCAUAUAGAUUUAGUUUUGUAACUUAGCUUUAUUUUUCUUUUCCUGGGAAUGGAAUAACUAUCUCACUUCCAGAUAUUCACAUAAAUGCUCCUUGUGGCCUUUUUUAUAACUAAGGGGUUAGAAGUAGUUUUACUCAACAUCGAAACUUAAGACGGGCCUCUAUGAGAUAGGAAAAACAACAGGUUUAUCUGAAGGACCCCAGGUAAAGCGUUCAUCUCCCAGCCCACCUCAACUCAAAGGCUACUCUUGACUUAGACCUAUCCUGGGACAGUUCUGUCACAACCAACUGGGAAUUUCAGGGACCAGAAAGAGCAUCCCUCUGGGCUUGGAUCACCUAGAGUGUGAAAAGGCCGAGGAUGCCUUGAGAAGUGGCAGUUCUUGACGCGCCCCUCUCGUCGGUGGCCGGUACUCCGGUUAACUGAUGAUGGGGUGGGAGGCUUUCCAUCAAGUCAAUCAGGAAUAAGUCAGUCAGCCUUUGGGUCUUCUGUUCCGGGGAAUUGGGGCUGAGGGUAUAAAUAACCCUGGGAUGUCCAGCCUUAAUAGACUCCUCUGACAUUUUUGUCCUGUAGCAAGCUGCCUGCCAAAGUAGUCCUGGCAGCUGGGCCAUCUCUGUAGGGUCGUGAGAAAAAAAAGAGAGAGAGAGAGACAGAGAGAAAGAAAGAGCUGGCGGUUUGAUCAUUUCUGCCGUGAUGUGUGCAGGAUGGCGACCACCGAAGCCAAAUGAUUAACCUGUCUGUAGACAACAGUAGUUUCUCAGGGUCUCUGCCCUUGAACCCAGCAGCCCCUAUGAGAGUCACUGCCCACCAAAGGUCACUGUUGAGAGAGGAGAAGGGAGGAGGGGUAGGACUGCAGGGGCCACUCCAAACUCGCGUAGGUAGGAACUAUUGGUGCUUGCCUCUCACUAGGCUAAACGCAAGAUUUGACCAAAUCAAGUGAUAGGGAUCCUGGUGGGAGGAGGGAGGGCACAUCUCCAGGAAAAAGAAAAGCAAUACAACUUUACCAUAAAGCCUUUAAAACCAGCAACGCGCUGCUCCAGGACCGAGAGCGGUUGCACAGACCCAGCCGCAGCGGCAGCAGGCACGGCGCUGCCCUGUGCCCACAGCCUCUCAGCGCGGACAUCAGAUUGCUAAGAGCGUUUUUAUACUCAGAUCUGCCCCAUCCCCAGGCCCCCCAGACGUGGACACUGCCUUAGCCUCUCGGAAAUCAGGUAGACCGAACUAAGUUGACGUUCCCCUCCCGCCCCCGCCCUGGCCCCCAGGCAAGACUGACUCCUCCGAACCAGAAAAGCUAUUAAAGUUUGUGUGUGUGUCCGUUUCACAAACCCACCAAGCCAGGACCCCAGCGCAACAAGUAGUUCAUGAGUAUUCCUAGCGAAAUUCUCUCUCUUAUUUCCCUCGAGUAGAUUCUCUUUCUUUGCUGUGACCUCCUCAAACCGUGGUACCCCCCCACCUUUUCUCCCCACACUGAUAUUUAUAUAUGUACCUGUAAUACAUAUAUCUACACACGCGGAAAGAAGCAGUUCGCACAAUGUUGCUAGUUUUUUGCUUCCCUUCUCCCCAUCGCACUCCCUCCAAAUCCCCCUCAAACUUCCGACGCUUCGUCUUGUGUUUGCUGCACAGAGAUUCGGGGGCUGACCUAGACCAGUUUGCAUGAUUCUUCUAUUGUGAUUUGGUUGCACUUUAGACAUUUUUGUGCCAUUAUAUUUGCAUUAUGUAUUUAUAAUUUAAAUGAUAUUUAGGUUUUUGGCUGAGUACUGGAAUAAACAGUGAGCAUAUCUGGUAUAUGUCAUUAUUUAUUGUUAAAUUACAUUUUUAAGCUCCAUGUGCAUAUAAAGGUUAUGAAACAUAUCAUGGUAAUGACAGAUGCAAGUUAUUUUAUUUGCUUAUUUUUAUAAUUAAAGAUGCCAUAGCAUAAUAUGAAGCCUUUGGUGAAUUCCUUCUAAGAUAAAAAUAAUAAUAAUAAUAAUAAAGUGUUACGUUUUAUUGGUUUUUUUU